AUGGUCGUCCAUGCUCAUAAAAUCAUGAUAGCACGCGCCCCGUCGCAAGGCAGCGCGGUCUCGCAGACAACACAACACAUGGGCCCUCAUAGCCGACCAGGGACUGCCGACCCCCUACGAUCACGCUCCGAGACCCUUUCACGAGGUGGCCGCCGUGCUCGAUCUCGAGGCUCAACUGCUAGCAUCCAUUCAAGCACGACACAGCAAACUCAAGAUCAACAUAUCGAUGCAUUCCCUCAGCAAUUCAUGCCGCCCCAAGUCGCCAAUGCCCAGAGCAUGUUCGCCAACAACCCGGAAGAUAUGAUUAUGCGUUUUGGCCAUCAGUUCGGUCAUCCAGCCCAUGCUGCAUCGCUGGGCCAGGAUAUGCGGGAGGCUCACGCUGUUCUAUCUCGAUCCGAGGACUUUCCCACUCAUGCUAUGCAUGGUCUCCCUCUCGCCCACCAUUCGAUACCCCCAGACAUGGCUCACAAUGGUAUGCCUGGUGCCCAGGUGCCUCAAUACCAGGCCAUCUAUGAUAGUGGAAUUGAAAACCACCUUCCAGAGCAAGCCUUGGAGGAUCCAGAUAUUUCGGAACAAGGGGGGAAAAAGAAAAGGGGAUCUAGUUCCACGUUGGCAAACGACAAUGAGCUUCGUAAACUGCUUCGUCAGUAUGAAUCGUGGUCAUUAAAACAAAUGGCUGCCGAGGUCAUGAAGCACGAAGGAGCUGGCGGUAAAGCAGAGAAGGUGAAGCAGGUCUUCGCCAUGAUCUGGUUGCGAGAAAACUGCCGAAAGAGCACCGGUUCCGUGAGACGAGACCGUGUCUAUUGUUGUUAUGCAGAGAAUUGUGGGACAGAGCGUGUGUCAGUGUUGAAUCCAGCAUCGUUUGGAAAAUUAGUGCGCAUCAUCUUCCCGAACGUUCAGACUCGACGACUUGGAGUUCGAGGCGAGUCAAAGUAUCAUUACGUCGAUUUGUCGGUCAUUGAGGAGAAGCAGCAAAAGCCUGCACCAUCGGGUGCGUACGUUGCGCCGAGUCAACGAGGAUCCGUAGCCCCAGAGAGGCCAGAAAGCGCGAUGCGUUCGCGAAGUAUCAGCAUCUCCCAACCCACCGCCGAUACCGCCGUCUUCCCAUCCCCAACUGCUUCUUUUGCUCCCCGAUUCCCUGUCAACGCUCCCCUUGCAAGCUGUGGCUGCCCGUCUAAUACCCGACCCACUAAUACUGGCUCCGAUGCUACUGUUACUCAUGAAAAUGUUGCCCAACAUGCUGGCCGGAUGAUUCAUCAGAUGCUGCAGUUCCCAACUGAUGAAGCCCCAGUCGACAAUGAUACCCUGGUCCUCCCCGACAUCCGAGGUCAUUUGCCUCCCAACACCGAUCUUAAGGUGGCAGAUGCCCUUGCGGCUCUUUACCGAACCCACUGCAUCUCAGUCAUCGACAGCUUCCGAUUUUGUAAAGAACGUAACCUUCUGAAAUACUUCUCUGCUUUUCACGGAACCUUGACCGUUCCUGUUCAAAAGCUUUUAACCCACCCCAACCUUGCGCCAUGGAUCAAGGAAUGCGAUUGGUUAAUGUACCAGAAGAUGAUUCCAUUUGUCGCACCCCUCACUACACAAGUUGUGCCCAAACCUGUUCUGGAUGCAUUCCGUUCUAUCUCGCAGCGCCUUUGUGGCCACAUCGCAGAGACCUUUAAAUCGCAACCAACUCACGUUUCCAUCGCCCGUCUCAUCCCUGCUCAUAUUUUCUGCAAUCUCCUCAAGCACAUGCUUGACGUUAACCAGGCUGCGAACGCUGCUGCCGCCUGGCUCUGUCACCCUGAAAACCGCAACCAAAUGUGGGCUGAUUUCCAAUGCCUGGUGGACCCACAGGAAAUGAUUACCAAGGCGAACAUUCCUCCCUGCGCUGCACGUGCCACUGAACAAAUCCUUAAGCAUGACGUUCGAGCUCUUCUUACCCCUCUGUCGGAUGUUGAACCUGCGGAUCAAUUGCCUUUCUACCGCAAACCAGAUUCCGCUGAAGAUAUCGCAGCUCACCCAUUACCCGCAGAUAGUGCACCUGGCGAUGAAUACAACUUCCCUGAUAAGUGGAUCCAGUUCAUCCUGAACGUACCGGCUGUGUUUGCGAACCACCGCUCCCAGUGUGUCAUUGAAAAGGUGGACGCUAUGUGGGAAAACAUUUUGCACCGUUUGACUCUGGGUGGUGCAGCCAGUUUCAGUGCGUGGUGGAUGACAAAAGUCUUCUUCCACGAGAUGAUGCUCUGGCAAGCCGAGAAAGGAGGAUUUAUGCAGAGCAAUCCAGCUUCAUUGCAAAGCGUUACUGUUGCUCCCGAGCCGAUUGGGAUGGGAAAUUUUCAAUUAAAGCACGGCCUUGGAUCUAAUCGCAACUCUUUUGAUGGAACUCACUCACGUGGUUCCCACUCGGGAACCCCCGUGGGCGUGCAGGGUCGACCCCGUGAUGCUCAUGUUGACAACAAGCAAGUUGCGAGUGAAAAAGAGCUAGCACAAGCAGAGUCGGGCUUCCAAGCUCCGAACAAUGACGACAGCGCGAUUGAUCUAGAGGACGAUCCUCUAUUGAUUGCUGUGGGCAAAUAUGGUGACAUGAUGGCCUCCGACCCAGCGGAUGCCGAGGGUGAUGUGGUUGUCAUCUAA